ACAGUCGCAGAACGAACACACUUCAUUCAAGUGCUUGAUCGCGACGCGAACAGACCGGCAAAUAAAUUCAAAACAUUAACGGUGUUGAUUUUUUAAGUUUACUUUUUUUUUUUGCUUUGUACAAGUAAAAGUUUAGUAAAAAAAGAAGGUCGAAAGAAAUUGAAAUUGGAAUCAGUGCGCAUCGUUUUAACAAUUAAAAUCAAUUUAUUGAAGUCAUUCACAUUACGAACGUGAAUCAUCUCAGUGUUUAUUGAACGAAAAUCAUAAAAAAUAUCAAAAUGCAAAUAGAAAAAGUUGACGAAAAUGGGCGACCUUAUAUCGAAAUCUCAGAGGGAUACACGGUGAGAUUGGAAUACGAAGAAGUCCCAGAAGAAUAUAAGGAAAAGGCGCGUAAGGAACUUCGAGAAACUCCAGAAAUAGUUGAAGCUUCUAUGAAAGAAUUACGAGAAUUGUUAGAAGCUGAUGAAAAACUUUACGUACCCGUGGAACAUGACGACUUUUUGCUGAAAUUCCUUCGUCCCACGAAAUUUUAUGCCAAAAGUGCUUACGAACUCAUGAAACGUUAUUACCAGUUCAAAAUCAAAUAUCCAAAAUACUGCCACAAUUUGCUUCCAUCGACGGGAAAACUCGGAUUCGAGCACAAUAUUGUCAAUUUUCAACCGAAACGUGAUCAACAUGGACGUCGUAUCUUGUUGUUGAAAGGCGGCGGUGACUGGGAUCCCUCAAAAGUGUCAGUAGUCGAGCUUUUCCGUGCUUUGCAACUCAGCUUGGAAGCAGCAAUGCUCGAACCAAUGACUCAAAUUAAUGGCUGUGUAACAAUUUUCGACAUGGAAGGCUUGUCGUGGACUCAAAUCAUGCAAUAUACUCCGAGUUUUGCGCUCAUGUUCUUGGAAUGGGUACAAGAAUGCAUUCCAUUACGCUUGAAAGCGGUUCAUAUCGUGAACAACAUGUACAUUUUUAAUAUGCUUUUUGCAAUCUUCAAGCCGUUUAUCGGAGCUAAAUUGCGUAAAAGGAUCCACUUCCAUGGUAAAAAUUAUGCCAGUUUAUUGAAGCACAUUGACCCAGAAUUCCUUCGCCCGCGCUAUGGAGGUACCAUGCCAUGUGAAGAUGUCGACGGAAAUUUAGUGGCUAGUCUUUUGGAGAAGAGUUCUGAUGAAUAUGAAUUGGCAAAUACUUUCGGUUUCGUUGACAACAAUAAUAUGACGAAGCCAGUUAUUGUUCCAGUUACUGGCGAAAAAAAGCCAGGUGCUAAAUAUGUGAUUGCUAAAGACGUCGUGGAGCAAGAAAAUAAUUGAAUUUAAUUUUUUUAUUUGAUUUUUGUAAGUGGAUGUGUAGGUCGUAAGAUGAUAAUCGAAAUAUAUGCAUAUUAAUUAAAUUUG